UUUUUUUUAUUUUUUUUUCCUUUAUUUCUCACACUCUCCUCUCACUUCUAUCGUCUGCUUCCCACGUCUUCUUACCCAGUCUUUAUCUCUUACCAUGCCAGCCAACGACGACUCAUCAACCACUAACCCUGCUGAAUCUGUGCCACAGCAUCAGCUUCACCAUCCACACACCCUUUCCACUUUGGACUUCCAAGGCGCUAGUAGCGCCGCGGCUGCCAAUGCCAUGCGCACAGAGCUCAACCGUUUGAUUUCGCAAGUCAAGGAGCCUCACGAGCGCGAGCUCUUUCAAAAUGAGAUGGGCAAUUUCUUCCUACUUUUUAAUCGCUGGUUAGCUGAGAAGAGCAAAGGAACCAAGAUUAACUGGGAUAAGGUCAAGUCCCCCCCAGAAGAUCAAAUUGUGCCUUAUGACAGGAUUCCCAAGGUCGAAUCUAGUCCUCAUCUCAAUAAGCUUGCUGUCUUGAAGCUCAAUGGAGGUCUCGGAACCACGAUGGGUUGUGUUGGUCCCAAGAGCGCAAUCGAAGUUCGUGAUGGCAUGACCUUCUUGGAUCUCAGCGUCCGACAGAUCGAGUACCUGAACAAGAGCAAGAAUGUGAAUGUGCCUUUCAUCUUGAUGAACUCUUUUAACACAGAUGAUGAGACGAAGCGCAUUGUGCAGAAGUAUGCCACCCACAAUAUCGAGAUCUUGACCUUUAACCAGUCCCGGUACCCUCGUAUCAAAAAGGAUUCGCUACUCCCUGCCCCUCGUCACCCUAACGGUGAUAUUACAGAUUGGUAUCCUCCUGGUCACGGAGAUCUCUAUGACUCGCUUAAUAACUCCGGCCUCUUGGACCAGUUAAUCGCUGAUGGCAAGGAGUAUCUGUUUGUGUCGAACGUCGACAACUUGGGUGCUACAGUUGAUGAGAGCAUCCUGAACCACAUGGUGGAGUCAAAUGCAGAGUUCUUGAUGGAGGUCACGGACAAAACACGUGCUGAUAUCAAAGGUGGAACGCUUAUUGAUUACGAGGGCUCGAUCCGUCUAUUAGAAAUCGCACAGGUUCCUAGGGAUCACGUCGAAGAUUUUAAGAGCAUCAAAAAGUUUAAGAUCUUCAACACCAAUAACUUGUGGGUUAACCUCAAGGCAGUCAAACGCAUUGUCGAGAACAAGGAGCUGAACCUGGAGGUCAUUGUGAAUAACAAGACUACAGAAUCGGGUGAAAAGGUCAUCCAGCUCGAAACAGCUGUAGGUGCGGGUAUCAAACACUUCCACAAUGGUCAUGGCGUGAAUGUUCCUCGUAACCGUUUCUUGCCUGUGAAGUCGACCUCAGAUUUGUUCUUGGUGACUUCGGACCUUUAUGCACUGAACCAUGGCGAGUUGUCCAUCAACCCCAGCCGUAUGUUCAACACAGUUCCUCUAGUCAAGCUCGGCGAUCACUUCAAGAAGGUCAACAACUUUUUGGCCCGCUUUAACAGUCCACCACAUAUUCUGGAGUUGGACCAUUUGACUGUCACAGGCGAUGUCACCUUUGGGUCCGAUGUUACCCUCAAGGGUACCGUUAUCAUCGUUGCUAAUGCUGGGUCUCACAUUGAUAUCCCAUCGGGUAGCAUCCUCGAGAACAAGGUUGUCUCUGGCAACCUUCAUAUCCUUGACCACUAAAAUUCUAAUUUCGUGGUCAUUCCUUAUUCUUUCUCAUUCCACUGUAGAUAUACCUCAUAAAAAAAUACUCAUAUUUUUGUAAUCAGAAUAAAUACGUUUGUC